AUGCUACCUGACUUCUUGCAGAGCAGUUACGCCCGCUAUAAAACGGACACCAACACAUUUGCAACAUGGCUACUGGAGACAGCUAGCAAGAAGGGCGACUCUGACGCAGAGCCCGUUCAGUAUAGUGCCACCACCAAAGAUUUGCAGAAGUUCGCCGAGGUCGUGGCCGGUUCGGCUCUCCCAGUACCCAAGUCGGUCCUCGCCCUUGCGAAGCGCGCCGUCAAGCUGAGAAAAGCGGCCACAUCCUGGUUUUUGGGCCAGGGUGACUCUGCGAACAACAAGCGUCAUGCUCAUUUCAUCACGGCGCUGGAGCAGAUUUGCGAGACUCUGGAGUGGAAGACCAACCAGUCCUCGACGAAGCCAGACGCUAACAAGCAGCCUCAAGCCGACGACGUCGAUGCCGACCAAUUCCUCAACAGAUUCGCAGUCCUUACGGUGGAGGAGCCCAAGGACACUGCGUCGUCGCAACCGACGCCCGCAGUGUCGAAGAAGCUCGUCAAGGUUACCGUCGAUGAAGAAGAGGACGAGGACGAGGACGCAGCGGACUCGUACCUGAGCCAGCUGUUCUUCAAGACCCUUUGCUUGCUGCAGGAUCUGGACAACAUGCGCAAGUUCAUUUCCAUCACCUGGGCGGAAUAUCACGAGAAGAAAAUCAACCUCAUGAAUGCCGCUGUCGUGACGGACAGUGCUUUGCAACUUACCCAAGAUCUGGUCAAGGAGGUGGAGGCGGACUGGCGCACCUCGCUGUCCGGGCGGAAGGGUAAUGUCCAGACUGUGGUCUACACUCUUGCUGCGCUCUCGCGCGGCAUCUUUGCGCCGCCGUCCAUGGAGGUUGGCCUGCCCUAUAACGAGAACCUGGCGGAUACCGCUGAGUGGUGCUAUUUGCCAACAAAGAUCCUGCUUGAGUCUUUCGCAAACGUGCUUCAGGCGAAUCACCAGCCAGUCUUCAGAAAGGGCCACUUCGGCAUUUAUGAUCCGAAAGCGGACAGAGGGCGGAUGUCUCUGGGCCAGAAGUUCAACGAAGACAAGAUCAUCCUUCUCUCGAUAUUGCCCGAGUUUUGCAUGUUCGAUACGUUCGGCAUCCACUUGCCUGCCGAGGAUUCAAUCACUCGGGGCCUGGUUGAGUUCGCUAAGACCAAAAAGGUGGGUCUGUGGCUCUGUUUCGCCGCCCAGGUCUUCCUCGACGUUCACCAUGCGAUGCGGCACAGCACCUUGGGCGCAUUUGGAGAUCUCCGCAUGUCUGGACUUCGCAUCCAGAAGACCAUCGAUGAAUACCUGCAACUAUCUAAGACACACCCUCAGCCCAAGUUCUGGCCUAAGGAGGGUGAUGAGGAGAUUCGGAGCAUCAGUUCGACCGUGGACGCAUGGAUCAAAGGAGAUGUGUUCUUCGAUGUUCGAGCCUUGUCUAAACUGGACAGGGUUGGCACUCCGCCCGAGAAGCAUGCGCUUCUCUCGCAGCACGCUCUCCUCUGCGGCUUGGUCCUGUUCCACCUCAAUAUUCGAAUGCAGCGUGUGGGCCAGGAGCUUGUCACCCGGUGUCACGACGUUCAACAGCUGGCCUUCUUGCACAACCUUGUCAUAAAUGGUGCCAUGCAUAAAGACCUGAGGUGGCCCGACAUAGAUGCAUUUGUCAAGAUCCAUGGCGAGUCUCAUAUUUUCGUGGGUGCACGGCCCAAGAACGCCAGCGAAUCUCUGAAUAGGCUUGAGCUGGCCACCGGCAUCUCGUCCGCAACCCAUUUCGCCCGCGAUUCGCGGGGCAGCGGACCAUUCCAUAAGCCCGAUGGCAAGAACGCUCGCAUGCUCAAGCCCACCACUACCGUCGCGAACUUCAUCCUGGACGAGCUUGCCCAAAAGUCGAAGCUUGAAUCGUCCUCCAGCAAGAAGGAGCUCCAGCAGCGAGCCAAACCGGAAUUGAUGCUCACCCGACAGUGGUCGAAUUCCCACAUCAUCGACACCCUGCAGCCGCUCGCCUUCCUGAAGACCAAACUCUUCGAAGAGGAGCCGAUGAUCCUAUACAACUACUUCGGCAUGCACAAACGCUCCCUCGAGCUCCUGCGCCUGAUCCGCAGCAAGGAGCACCACAAGUUCGUCCAGUACUUCACCGAAGGAUACAUGCCCGACGAGUCCUUCAUCUCCAACAUCGUCCUCCUCAUCCAUCACGUUGCGCGCGGCUCGGCCCAGUCGGCGCAUGCCAUGGGACUGGGAUCCGGCGACGGGCAGGAGCUGGUGAGUCGCAUCGUCAUGAGCGCGGGCGACGUCAUGCGGGACUACCUGAAGAGGAAUGGGGAUGUGGCCUGCAAGGAGCUGCGGGUGUUCUGCAAGAACAAGAAACCCAUCCAGGAUGAUUCGGCAUACGAUGCGGGCGAUUCGGACGCGCUGAUAGAUUACUGGUUCAGCCUGGAGGAUGUGCUGGGCCCCAAGGGAAUGGCCUCGCUGAUGACGGGGAUUCCGGUGGCCUAG